ACCUCCCUCUGCUCCAGUCAGGCUCCAGCCUUUCAGCCGGCAGCAGCGUCUGUGAGUCUUUGUGUGGUUAGGGUGAAUAAGAGAGAGAGAAGGGAGGAAGGAAGAGGGAGAGUUAAAGAGAGGCGCCUAUUGUCAUUUAACAAUAAAGCAUAUGGUACCGGCAGUGGCAGUCAGGGCUGGGAAAUUUACAAGUCUCUGUGUGACUCCCUUUCCCUCCCGCUCACCAGGUUCUCAUGCCCUCAGAGUACUGGGGUCGCAGCAAGUCAGUGGACUAAAGCAAAAUGGGAGCCUAUCAUUUAUCAUGUUUCACCUCUUUUUAAGUGCUUCGUUUAGAUUUUACUCCAAAGUGUCACGUUAAGAAAGGGGGCCAUAUGAGUCGGAACACGCCAGUGGACACAGGUGCAGCGGCGGAGACAGAGAGGAGGGCCAUGAGUGGAAUACUGAAGAGGAAGUUUGACGAGGUGGAGGCGUCCUCCUCGCCGUGCUCUUCCUUGCGGGAGUCUGAUGACGAGGUCUCCUGCAGCGAGAGCGGAGACAGCAGUGACAGUGUCAACCCUUCAGCCUCGGGCCCCUUCACUCCUGAUUCUAUACUGAAGAGGGAGAAGCGUGUGAGAACGAGGAGGGUGCAUUUUGACAAUGUGACGGUGUACUACUUCAGCCGGCGCCAGGGCUUCACCAGUGUGCCCAGUCAGGGAGGCAGUACUCUGGGCAUGUCCAACAGACACAGCUGUGUCAGGCAGUACUCCCUGGGAGAGUUUGCCCUGGAGCAGGAGAGGAUCCACAGAGACAUGCUCCGAGACCAUCUGAAGGAGGAGAAACUCAACUCCAUUAAACUCAAGCUGACUAAGAACGGUACAGUGGAGUCGGAGGAGGCCAACACGCUCAUGGCGGACGACAUCUCUGACGAUGACAUUGAUUUGGACAACACCGAGGUGGACGAGUACUUCUUCCUCCAGCCCCUCACCACUAAGAAGCGCCGGGCUCUGCUGCGGACCUCUGGGGUGAAGAAGAUUGAUGUUGAGGAGAAGCACGAGCUGCGGGCCAUCCGGGUGUCCAGGGAGGACUGCGGCUGCGACUGCAGAGUGUUCUGUGACCCAGAGACCUGUGCAUGCAGCGUAGCAGGAAUCAAGUGCCAGGUGGACCGCAUGUCUUUUCCCUGUGGCUGUACCAAGGAGGGCUGUAGCAACGCGGCCGGCAGGGUGGAGUUUAACCCCAUCCGCGUGCGGACCCACUUCUUGCACACCAUCAUGAAGCUAGAGCUGGAGAAGAGCCGGGAGCAGCAGCAGGCAUCCCCUGCCAACGGUUACCAUGGCGAAAGCAACGGCUAUGUCAACCCGCUGGUCCAGACCCAACACAGUCUGGAAUACUCUCUGUCAGACCCAACAGUCCAACAGUCUGACAUCAUGCACCUCCAGACAGCUGACGACAUGGACGAGCCUCUGGAUGAUGAAGAUGAAGAUGAGGAUGAGGAGGAGAAUGAGGAAGAUGAGGAGGAUGAAGAGGACAGCAGCAGUUUAUGCAGUGGACUGUCUGACUCAAGCACUCAGAGCUUGGCGAACAGUGACUCUGAGGAAGAGGAUGGUGAUGAGGAGGACAAGUCGGAGGACUUUGAGAAUGGAGUCACCACGCCGCCUGUCGCCAACACUGAGGUUGUCCCCCUGUCCUCCGUGUUGUGUUACUCUGACGGCACUGUGCCACACGACAACCACAUUGACGACGUCAUGAAUGGAAACUCUUAUUUAUUCAGCUCCCCAGCAGAUUAUUAUCAGCUGGAGAACCCCAGUGCUGUUGCCUCAGCCAACGGGACAGCCAGCCAACCCAGUGAACCCUACGGAGAGGCCUUAUCAUUCCCACACACUGUAAGCACUACUAACGGUACCAUGCCACAAGGACCAUUUAACAUGGCCGUCGACAUUGCAGAGCAGUACACAGAUUACCCCCACCAGGCUGAGGAACAGUACACCAAUCAGCACUUCACCCUGACCAAUGGCACAGCAGCAACCACUGCCAUGGGCUGCUGCACACCUGACCUAGAGAACAACAUGGUCCUGUCUAAAGGAACAUACCCUGAGCAGCCUGGGGGCCUCAGCCAGAUGGAGUUCCACAACAACUACCUGAACAAUAAGAAGUGUUUUGUGGCAGAGCAGCCAAAGGAAGUGUCUAGCGUUAAGGUUCUGUCUGAAGGGCCUUCUUUAGCAGACAGUACAAAGAUCCCUGCAUUAGCAGAGAAUCUCCCCCAGGUCGCACCAGUUUAGUGGGCCUAGCUCACCUGUCCGUGUAGGCUUCAUGUUGUCUUUUCUUAAUGAACAAGGCUGACCAAGUGUUAUUUAUGGAUAAUAUAUUCAUGGCCUUUAAUGGGAACUAAACUUUUCAAGUCAUUUACAAGACCAUACAUUAGAUGUACAUUAUUUAGCUACAGGUUCCAUGAUGAGAAACAUUUCUAAUGAAUCCUGAUUUCUAGUAUUCUAAACUGCAAGAUGGAAUCAGUCAACAAAAACUGAGAGCUGUAAGCCUGUGCAAUGUAUCUUGUAAUUUUAAAGGUAAAGUUCUAGUUUUAAGCAUAUAUUGUGAAUUGAACUUUUCUAUGUCUAUGUGUCAAAUGUGCAAAAAAUGAAUUGUCCCAGUUUAUUUAUUGGUUCUGAAGUAUGUGUAUACUUAUAAAUGGUUUGAUAUUUAUAAUUGCAUGUUAUUUGGGGUCUUUCAAUGGCAUUUAUGAGGAAUUGACCAUGUUCAAUUUGGGUUUAUAAAAUCUGUAUUAAUGUACUGUACAAACCUUAUUAUUGUGCUGUCACAGACUACAACUUUUAGUUAUUUAUUUUGAAUUAUAAUGCCAAGAGCAUUAUUUCAUCAGCGACAUUGAAGACAAAAUGAUUCACAGCUGUUUGCACCUUUGUGAAGGUGAUAUACUAAUGCAGCACUUUGACAUUAAUCUCUCAAAGAUCAUAUACAACUAUCAAAUCUAUGGGAACAGGAUAAUAAUAUGAUCAAUAAAUAAUAUUUUAUGGGGCUUCAUUUAAAAUAAAUGUCAAUAAAAAAUAUGUAACUCUUAAAAACUGGGGACAACAUUGGUAUUGCUGAGUUAGACAGGAUAUAUUUAGAUCAACAUUCCAUUCUCUUAUGACAACUGACAGUAAAUACAUGAAGGGAUUGUUUGUACAGAUACAAACAUUAUUGUGACGCAAUUAUUGAAGUGUGCAAUAGUAACAACAAAAGUUACAUGUUCAAACUAUCACUAUAUGUCAUACUCUUGAGAGCCACAUCAGUAUCAUGCAUGAAAUGCAGAUAUCAGUUAUUGUAAAAAAAAAAGUAUAAAAAGGUUGUAAUCAAAGGUUAAAUCAUGCCAACGAUUCCUAUCAGCACCAUGUUAAAGAAUGACUGAUCAGCACGAGUGAUUGGUAGGAAAGUAUAAUUUGCCAAAAAUCUGUAAAUAACUUUGACAUCCUUGAAAUAACUUACAAGGAAAGCCAUUGAACUAAAUGCACCAGAUAUGUAUUGCUUCAACUGUAUUGAAAUGUUAGGGACAGCAGUGAUUCAAAACAGCCUUUACAAUUCAAUACCAACAUUCCCUCCCUAAAUUCCCUCACCAUAAAAUGAGUGGGCACCCCUGCAUGUAUCCCUGUCCUCUGCGAAGCCUAGAGUGUGAAUAGUCAUCCAACAUGCUCAUACACUCCUGUAUAUGAUUACUACUUGAUUUGGGAUUCUGCUCCUGACUCCUCACUGAGGUGAGUAAUAAUGUCACCUCAGUGGCAAAGUAAAGUGUAUCUAGCUGUCAGGGAAUCAGUGCCACUGUAUUAGUAUGACCUAUACAGUAUCAGUGCCAAAGCAUUUAAGAGAAGGCAACAUACAGUGACAUUGUAUCCAGUUGAGUCAUUCUGCUGUGUUUAUGAUUUUCAGUAUUUAUUAUGAAUGAUAUAUUGAAAUUUGUAUUUAUUGUGGUUUACUGAACAGUCUGUAUUGAAUAAAAACAUGUUUUGGUCUUACAUUUCACUUGUUUUAUGAUGGUUGUGAAUUGUACAGCUUCAUGUGCCUGAUUUCAUUUUGUUGCUUACUUUAAUGUUUGCUUCUGUGAAACAGAAUACUUUUUGCCCAAAAUGGUAUAAAUGUUUCAAUAUGUGUUUUUGGUUUCUUAACAUUAGAUAAAGCCAAAAUGUUUUGUUUUUGUUGUGUUUCUGCUUUUUAACAAUACAUUACUUAAAAAUAAAAUGAAAUGAAACCAUG